AUGCCUGUCCUUGUGAUGUCGGGGUGUAAAACGCCGGUUCCCAUUUCCCUGCCCAUGCUGUCUCUGCAGGGGGAGGAGAGGGGCCAAGAUGUUGCUGGAGCACCCUUGCGACAUCCUGCCCUGUCUUCCAGCUCCUCCGAGGGGUGGGGGUAGGGCACGCAGUUGCCAAUAACUCCUGCAAAGUCUCUAUGUCUUUGCGCAGUUUUGUAGUCUGCUGUAUGAUGUUGUCAACCCCUGGCCCAAAGGUGGAACCUGGCAUGAGGGAGCACCAAUAAUGUUGUCUGAACUGGCGGUGGCAGUUUAGACCGUGCCAGCCAAAGAUGGCAGCGUGAAGUGACUACUGAAGCCAAAGCCUUGCCGAUGGCAUGUGCCAUAUCCGUCUGGAGCAUAGUGAGCAGCGUUGACACCUCUGUGGCCUCCUUAAGAAGCUUGUCACCAUCCCCUGGGAGGCGAGGUAUCAGCAGGGCGAGGUAGGAUUGCAGCAUCGUAGCCGUGUUUAUGAGGCGUGCCAUUAUGGAGAGGGUCCCGGAGAUGCUUUGCUGGCAUUCGUCAAUUACUCUUUCAGGUCCUGGUUUGAGGCGAGGCACCUUGCCAAUAAUCUCCUUGUCAGGGAGGAUCAUGGCAGCCACCAUGUCAUCCAUCACCGGAUAGUGGUCCAGCUCCAAGGACUCUGCAUCCCUUAGGAGAGUCCAUGGCCUGGUUUGGUUGUCACAACCGAAGCUCCCUCCAGUAUUCGCGGAGAGCCAAAGCGCUACCCGGUACACGGGACUAAUCUGAAAUUCUUAUUCAGAAUGUAUCCUGCCGAGUGGAAGGAUACCAUAUUGGAGUGAUCCAAUAUAGUGCUACGUAACUCUGUGGUCGUAAUUGUAUUGCUUUACUGUAAAGUGUGUUUUAAAUGAGCUUUAAAUAGUUUGAUUUGAUUUAAGGUGGAACAGCGAUCUGCGGGGCCCUGCCCCCCGACCAAGGAGCCACAGCCUAAGCUCCGUGGACACACGUCACCUUAACCACCACCCCCAACUCCACCAGCACAGCCACCGCAAAAUCCAGUUCAUGGUCUCCGACUCGGAAGACGAAGCUGGCUACUCAGAAGAUGACGAGGGCUCCUCCACUGAAGAUAAUGCCUCAGGCUCAAAGUCACUCCGUGGAGGCUCUCAUGAUGGUGAACGGCCACGGUCGCGAAUCUCUGCACCAAAACGCCCACUAUCCAGAGUCAAAGACCACCAUCUUGGCUCCUCCUCAGGUCAUCACCACUCUAACCCGCCUUCGCCUCGAGGUCGAGGCUACCAGGGUCGCAACAGGAGGGCCACCGCUUCAUCCGUCUUGGACUGCAGGUGGCAAAGGUCGUUCACUGGGCUCAAGCAGGAGCAGGGGUGUGCCAAAAGCUCCCAGUACCAUGGCGGCCAGAGGCACUGUAGGAAGGAUCGCAACAGUCAGCAGCAGGCGUCAUCGUCCUCUGGCCUGGAAGAGUCCUCUGGGCGGGCCAGUAGCCCUCAGUGUCACGGCCAUGCCAGUAGCCCUCAGUGUCAUGGUUGGGAUGGAAGUCCCAAGUGUCAUGGUGGUCAGAGGCACUACAGCAGGAAGAGGCACCAUUCUUUGUGCUCAAUGAUAAGGAAGCACUCGUACACCCUCACCCCACAUCAGCUGCCACCACGGCCCUCCUCAGUUAGACCUGUAGUCAACAACCACAGGCAGACGGUAAGCAACACUGUUGUUAGUAGGGGUUAGGAUCAACCCAUUUUCAAUUCAGUCAUUUCAGGAAGUAAAACUGAAACCCAACCCUGGCUACUUAACCUUACUCUAGCCUGUCACUAUUCUUCCUUUAGGCUCUGUGUCCCCGGAGCUCCCACGGCCUGGGCUGGGACUCGUCUGCAGAGCUGCUGACGGCCCUGAGUCAGGAGGAGAGAGAGCUGCUGGAGCCUAUCACUGAGCAGGGAUACCCUCUACGUACUGCUAUCCUGGCCCUGCAGAAGACUGGCCCACAGCAGGUAGAGAUCCUGGGACAGGACUAG